CCGGGCUCUGGAGAAAGUUCUGGGAAAUCCUGUGGUUAUCAGGAUGUUUUAGACUACCUGAAUCUGACCAAAAACAAGGAUAAGUACACCAUGGCUCGACCUGUUAAAGACUUUAAAAAGCCUACACGGGUACACCUGCAAAUUGUGAUCUAUGGCAUCCUAGAUGUGAGAGAGAUUGACCAGACUUUCGUUCCUUACGUUUGGAUUUAUAUGAAAUGGCAAAAUGAACACAUUAGGUGGCAUGCACCUGAUUUUUGUGGAAUUGAACAGGUGGUUGUUCCUACUGAAUUAUUGUGGAAGCCAGAUCUAAGUAUUGAAGAGAUGACAGAGAAGGACAAGGCCCCUCCGAGUCCUUAUCUUACCAUUGACUGGGACGGCUACGUCACCCUGAGGAACGACCUGAUGAUAGUCAGCACGUGCAGGAUGCAAGUUUACAAAUUUCCCUUUGACGUUCAGAGCUGCAACCUCUCUUUUAAGUCUGCCACAUAUUCUGAUGACGAAAUAAAGUUUGAAACCAUUGAAGAUGGUUUCAAAAACACAGAGUGGACUCAGAAAUUGAUGCUGACCCAGUACGAGUGGUUGUUCCUAUCCAUGACAGUUAACAACAAAACUGUCAGCAAUCUUAUCGACAACCAAAGCAUGAUUGUUUACACUAUCAAGAUGAGGAGGCGGUCUGUCCUCUACAUCGCCAACUUCUUGGUACCCAUCAUGUUCUUCUUUUGUCUGGACUUGGCCUCAUUCCUGAUCUCAGACAGCGGGGGGAAGAAGCUCGGCUUCAAGGUCACUGUGCUGCUUGCUGUCACUGUGAUGCAGCUUCUUCUCAAUGAGAUUCUGCCUUCGUCGUCAGACAGGAUUCCUCUUAUAGCGGUCUACUGCAUUGGGAUGUUUGGUUUGAUGAUGCUAAGCCUCCUGGAGACAAUUUUGGUGAUGUAUCUAAUGGAGAAAGACGCUGCAUCCCAAGACAAUGAGGCAGAUAAAGACCAAAGCCUGAGUGAGGACUGUAACAAACAGGGCAAAGUCAGCUUGCACAACCAUGAUGGAGAGAUGAAGAAAUGGACUCACUGUGCUUGUGUUUGUGAUGUGUCUGCUGAUGAACCUCCAUCUGAACUGCUGUCGGUGGCUAGAGAGGGCAACAGCAGCCAACUGACGGAUGAGUCCAAUGCCUUGGAGAAGGUCUCAGAUGAGCUGAGGGAGAUGGAGAAAACACUGGUCCUGAUCCUCAACAGCAGGAAGGAAGAAGGGAAGCCCGGCUACUGGACCAGAGUGACUAAAACAAUCAACAAAGUUUUCUUCAUUUUCUAUGUCACAGUGGCCAGUCUGUUUUUAGUUGUUAUCUUUUCAAAAUGGAACCAUGCAUCAGACGAGUAGUGGCAAAGUGUAAAAACAGGAUUAAGACAAUGCUAAUCUAAC